AUGAAGGCCUUCCUCACCCGUCGCCCCUCCACGGCUCCCUCGGUGCGAGGCUUGCACUCUGACUCUACGCACGCCCUAUCCUCUCGUCAGCAGCAAGACGAUGAAGACUUCUACUACCCUGCCUUGCCACUUUCAAGCACCACAUACGGGCAAUCGCGGUCUCGUGCUGAGCGCAGCCUACCCUCUGCUGGUCAGAGCAGCGGAAGCGGCAGUGGGGCCGGACACGACAUUGGCUCUGUUCCAGCUAGCCGAGCCCCGCCUUCCAGCUGGGCACGCAACAAGACUCGAUUCAGCCUGAGCAGGACUGACUCGUCCAGCUCUAGGAGAUCGCUCAAGACCACCAGUGGCGGGAAUGAUGCCAAAUGGGGAACGAUAGGAGCGAGAUCAGGGCCUGGUGUGAUAUUUGGAAGAGCAGCCUCCUACGAUGAUGCGAACACAGUGCCGCUCAGGAGGCGAGGUGUACCCCCUAAGCACGACGAAGCCGUCUUCGAGAAGACGCCCCAUCCAACGGUGUUCGUGGUCACGAACGCGAAUGGAGACGAGGAGACCGACGGCACUGAACGCAAAGAGGCGGUCAUGAGGGGCGAGAUUUCAAGAACACAAAGCUUGAGCGAUGGAAGCUGUACGAAUCGCACCAUCAAUGACUCCCGCGUAACUCUCCUAGAGGCCCUUGAACAACAUCCUGACAUGUUGUCAUCAAAGUGCUCCGCGGACGCGAGCGCGAAGGACUCAGGCGCAACAGCAACUUGGCUCCCGAUGUCUGACGACGCAGAAUCGCAAGCGCCUCCAAGGAGAACGGCCACUGUGAAUAGCCUGCAGCGUGGCAAUGCCUCUAGCGCUACUAGUGUGACCUUGGGCAGCAUGUUCAGAGGACUCAGAAGAAAGGCCUCUCUACCGGUCCUGAGCUUCAAGCCAUCAGCUGACGAGUCCGUGGCAGAUCCGAUGCGUCAAGCACUAUUACCAAAGAGCUGCGCAUCUUCAAACGCCAGUCAUCGGCCCGCGAUGUCGCCCAUAGCUCUAGCUUCUGAGCUGAGCGACUUGGCAAUCUCUCAUGGCAAUGGCCUCCUGAAUGACGCGGAGUAUCGCAUUCUUCGCAAAGGUCUCUUUGAGGUGGCGCAGAAAAGUUUAGCUGUGUCUGUCACCGGUAGCGCGAUAUCGACAUCCUUCUCGCAAGAAGCUGGCUCGGCGCUGGAUGCUGGGCCGUCGACAAGCGGGCCGAUUGCCAUCUCUGGUGGUCUAAGGAGGCUUCCCGAAGAAGUGGGUGACCCUAAUGAUACGCAGGCGGCUCUACCAUCUACGAGCUUGCGUGAGCGUCGAGGCGUCAGUAAGCCAGGAGGUACUGGCCAACACGAUGCUCAACAGCUUGCGUCGGCCUCAUCGCCUUCACGUUCCGAUCGGGAGCGGGCACACCUAAAACAAUCUUCGAGCUCAAUUCAUUCGGCGAACUCGACCACUUCAUCACCUUUCCCGGACCGGAGAAGUCUCCUCACAGACGCCUCGCACUCUCCAUCGCGUUUGGGCAGCUUGCUACGAAAAGAACGUUCACCUCGCUCUGGACCUGCUUCCAUUGCAUCUUCACAGGUCUCGUCAAAGAGGAGGUUCCGAGGCCCAACAAAGGAGGAGGAACAAGAAAGGAUGCGAGAGCUGGAGCGGAUUGUGCAGGAGACCAGGUCAGUCAAGAGCCUCAAAUUGACCAGUGCAUCGGCACGCAAGCACGAUCCGCCAUCGUCUCCCAAUGACGAGAAGGGAAGGACACCAAAUGGCGCAUCGAUACUUGCUGGCGCAGACGUCCCGCCUAUUCCCGUCGCUUCCACGUCUUUUCUCGCCAUGGCUGUCGGCUUGGACGAGCAGGACAUAGAGUACAGGGAGAAGAGCAGCGAGUUGAUACAGGCCGAGAUUAGGGUUCUGCAAGCAGAAGGAGAUAGGGUCACAAAGGCUUUCGACGUUCUGGAGAGUAAUGUGCUCGAAAAAGGAAGGAGUCUACUACAGGGGGACGCUUCGGCCGAUGGUGAGGGUGACGCUGCGACCAGAUUGCAUUGGCUACGGACGGGAGAGCGGCCAGUAAGCACUGAUAAGGCGGCUGUACUACCUAGGAGGAGAAAGGAGCCGCCAAGCACGCCGCCCUCGGCGUUUCGUCGGCUUGACGGUCCGCUUGUCACAACACCUCGCGCUAAUGCCCAUCGAGCACUAUCUGCAACAGCUCAAGUCCAUGACACUGGGCGCAACGCAGAGCAAACAGCCUGGGAGCUCUCUUCGCAGCUGAAGACUUUGCGGAACGAGCUCGAGAUUGUCGAGAGCGGGAAGAGAGAUGUCGUCCGUCGGUACGACGAUCGGAUAGCCUUCCUCAGGAGCAAGGAGCGGGCGGCAAAGAUAAGGGAGGGCUUCGCGUGA